AGGAAAUAAAUAUUAACGUUAGCUAGCUCAAGCUAGUAACGUUAGUAACUAAACUAGUUUCACUAUGGUGUAACCUUGUUUGCCAACUAACGUUAGCUAAGUUAAAUAUCUCAAUGUUGAAAGGUUGAGGUGGGCGUAAACGUUGAUGUAACUACAGUAUUUUUCCGAACUUUCUAGCUUAACGUUGGCUAAGGUCUGGGCAGUCAAACGGUCGGCUAAUAACGGGGGGCGAGAAAAUCAGCAGGUCGGACGUUUGUGACUAGCGUUAACUAGCUAGCUAGAUGAUUAUGCUAGCCAGCUGUUAAUGUCCACUUAGUUAACCAAACCUAGUCCAACCAGCUUGACUUGGCACAAGCAAUUGCAAACGUAAACUACUGUAGGCGAACUCGCUAGCAAACUGCUAUAGCCUCUUUGCUCCAAGAGACCUUAAUUUACACACAAAUUAAUGUGUUAGAUCAUUGUCUUAACGUUUCAGGACUCCAGGAGCGAAGAGGCCAUAGCAAGUAACUCCAGACCAGAGAUAUUAGCUAGCAAGCUAACAUUAAUUACUGUGAAGAAGGCCCGAGAAUGUUCCCAUCAAAUGGUUGGCCACAAAGACUUAACUAACUAGCUGUUGUUCACCACCAUGGAUCCAUUUGUUCCUUCUGGGCGCCUUUAGUAUUAGCUGACGGUUCCUUCUAAUUUCUUGUCCAAACCGGUAUGUCGGAUAAGGAUUCGUGUGUCAGCACCAGCUCUUCGUCUUCUUCCUCCUCCAAUCAAAACAAACCGAAGGACACACCUUGCAAGAAACGGGAGAGCAAAGCCAGUAUGAGCAAGACCUCCAAGCUGCUAUCCACCAGCGCAAAGAGGAUUCAGAAAGAGCUGGCAGAUAUCACGCUGGACCCUCCGCCAAACUGCAGCGCUGGUCCAAAAGGAGACAACAUUUAUGAGUGGAGGUCAACCAUCCUGGGACCACCGGGCUCUGUUUACGAGGGAGGGGUCUUUUUCCUCGACAUCGCCUUCACACCCGACUACCCCUUCAAACCACCCAAGGUAACGUUUCGGACGAGGAUCUACCACUGUAACAUCAACAGUCAGGGGGUGAUCUGUCUGGACAUCCUGAAGGACAACUGGAGCCCCGCCCUCACCAUCUCCAAGGUGCUGCUGUCCAUCUGCUCUCUGCUCACAGACUCUAACCCAGCUGAUCCCCUGGUUGGAAGCAUCGCCACCCAGUACACGACAAACAGAGCCGAGCAUGAUAGAACAGCCAAACAGUGGACGAAGCGGUACGCCACAUAGGCCCAUAGAGCACAGCCGUGUGGGGGGGAUUUCUAUUUCAGAUUUUUAGUACUUUAUUGUCUGGUAUAUUUUUUGGGUUCCUGAUUAAGUUAUCUGUGCAAAUAUGAAAAUAAAGAAAAACAAUGAAACAAUA